UGCACACAUGAAAGUGGAUCGGCGCAUCACCUCUUGUGCGAUUGUGGUUCCAGGAAAUGUCUCAUCGUAAAGGAUCUCGGUCGGCCUCCCUAUCUGCCAUCUUUGGUUAAGUAGCACAGUGUAGGGGUUGGCUCCUCCUGCAAGCAAGCACAAGCUGGUCAGGACAAAGACAGAGAGACGGAGAAGAUGACUGCAGCCUCCACAGCGAGAGUGUGAGGAGGGAGGAAAUGACCAAUACACACUAGUGAAGGACACGGCAUCAGGCAACACAUCGACAUGGUACAGAAAAGAUCCCGUGGGACAGCGAGAGAGACAGGAAAUGAGUGGGGAGAGAGAGAUGGGGAAGGAUCGGGAAACGACCCCGGGCCAGAACCUAUCCCGGCUCCCCCGCGCAAUGUUGUUUUUUCCCCAUCAGCACCUGUUUCCAUUCGGCCAUACAGGCCCGCAGACAAGGCCUCUGUGAUGUCCCUCUUCCGCUUCGGGGUCAUGGAGCACGUGUACCCUGCCUUCUUCAAGUCCAUGAGCCACCCGGACCACGUCGGCGUGGCGAUUAGCAUCUCCAUGGCGGGCUACGUGCUGGGCGGCAGCUCCUACUUCGAGGCCCUGCUGUUCGGCGGCGCCUGGGCGGGCCUGGUCUACUACUGCUGCCAUGAGGUGUACAUGGGCUACCUGAACAGAAAGCUCAGGGCGGAGAUGAGCGACGUGCAGACUCACUUCCUGGACAACCCCAACAACCACUUCUGGGUGGCAGAGACGGAGGUGAACGGGAAGUCUAAAGUGGCCGGGCUGGCGGGGGUGCUGGUGCGUAAGGGAGGGGACGAGGCACACCAUGGCAACAACGGAGGAGGCAGCAGCUGGAACGGAGGUCAGGCCAUGAACGGCGAAGGUGAGGGGAGUUACGGGGAGCUGUUCCAACUGGCGGUCUCGUUCCCUCACAGGAGAAAAGGUGUGGGCAGGCAGCUCCUGCACACCUCUUUGGACUUCUGUAAAGAGCAAGGGCUGUCGCGCGUGGUGCUGGAGACCAGCUCUCCACAGCUGGCUGCCCUGGGCCUUGCCAAGAAGACGGGAUUUGUCCAGAUGUCCAGUCACAGCUUCACACACUCGAACCGGUGGAUUGCUAAACUGGCCCGCAUCGACGUGCUACGCAUGGAGAAAGCAAUCUAAAACAAAAACGGACAAACAUAACUGUAACAUUAUCUAAACAUGCUAACGCUAAGGACACAGGAUUGUUAUCCUUCUGACAAAUUGAAUUCCGCCAUAUGCACACAACCAUGACUGUAACUCUUCACCAAUACCGUUCCUCCUCCUCAGAUUUUGAAAAGACAAUCAAAAGUGCAAAAAAUAACUUCACAUGACUGGAGCUCUUGUUUUGCUGUUCUAUUAAUAACUAGCUUUCAUGACAAUGUCAAAGUCCAACUUUGAGAUUGGAUUGACCAAGGUUGUUGUUGUAAAUGCGAAUGCGUAAUAAACCACAUCGUGUGCU